AUGAUGUCAUCUGAUCUGUACGAAGAAGUCCGUUUGUACCGCUCGGCGAGAGAGCGCGAGUCGUACGACAAUUUGGCCGAUUUGUAUGCCGUCAUCAAUAGUGUUCAGUGUCUGGAGAAGGCGUACAUCAAAGACAGUGUGACGGCGAAGGAGUACACCGGCGCCUGCAGUAAGCUUCUGGUCCAAUACAGACAGGCCUUCAAACAGGUCCAGUCGGCCGACACCCCCGACAUCGAGGCCUUCAUGAGUAAGUAUCGCUUCUCGUGUCCGGUGGCGAUGGAGCGCAUCCGUGAGGACCGACCCAUCACUAUCAAAGACGACAAGGGAAACACCAGCAAAUGCAUCGCUGACAUCGUCUCACUCUUCAUCACUAUUAUCGACAAAUUAAGGCUCGAAAUCAAAUCCAUGGAUGAGCUUCAGCCGGACUUAAGAGAACUGUACGACACUAUGAAUCGCUUGACAUUAGUUCCGUCCAGCUUUGAAGGCAGAGCCAAAGUGAAUGAAUGGUUGACCACAAUGUCGGCGAUGGCGGCCAGCGAUGAGCUCAAUGAGACACAAGUGAGACAAUUGAUCUUUGAUUUGGAGUCUUCUUAUAACGCAUUCAAUAAAUUGCUUCACGAAUCGUAAACGUGUUGUGCUUUCAAUCCAACGC